AGGGAGAGGGGCGUGGCUUAGAGGAAGCGGAAGUGUUAGCGCAGGCGGAAGCGGUGCAGCCCUUGAAGACCGUGAGCAGCGAAAACGGAGGGACGGCUCGGUUCUCCCGGUCCAUUAGCGAGCGCAAAGCGGGACUCAGACUUUAUUUAAAUCAUCAACAUGGACAAGAGUGACCUGGUGCAGAAGGCCAAGCUAGCCGAGCAGGCAGAGCGCUAUGAUGACAUGGCUGCUUCCAUGAAGGCCGUCACAGAGGGUGGAGGUGAGCUGUCCAACGAAGAGCGCAACCUGCUGUCUGUGGCUUACAAGAACGUGGUUGGUGCCCGCCGCUCCUCCUGGCGGGUCAUCUCCAGCAUUGAGCAGAAGACGGAGGGCAACGAGAAGAAGCAGCAGAUGGCGCGCGAGUACCGUGAGAAGAUUGAGAGUGAGCUACAGGACAUCUGCAAUGAUGUGCUGGGCCUUCUGGAGAAGUACCUCAUACCCAACGCUAGCCAGGCAGAGAGCAAAGUCUUCUACCUGAAAAUGAAGGGAGACUACUACAGAUACUUAUCUGAGGUGGCAUCUGGAGAGUCAAAGAAAACCACGGUGGACAACUCUCAGAAGGCUUACCAGGAGGCGUUUGAGAUUAGCAAGAAGGAGAUGCAGCCGACGCACCCCAUCAGGCUGGGUCUCGCUCUCAACUUCUCCGUUUUCUAUUACGAAAUCCUGAACACCCCAGAGCAGGCCUGCAGUUUGGCGAAGACGGCUUUCGAUGAAGCGAUUGCUGAGCUCGACACCUUGAAUGAGGACUCUUACAAAGACAGCACUCUGAUCAUGCAGCUACUAAGGGACAACCUCACUCUGUGGACAUCAGAAAACCAGGGUGACGAAGGGGACGCCGGCGAGGGGGAGAACUAAAAGGCGCUGCACUUCACUGUUAAAUCCACCCACACUCUUUAUCUUACACAUACAGCCCAUAGUACCCUGCUCCAUCCACUUCACCAUAACCCCCCUUUCUGUAUGACGAGCAGCGCGAAUUGUACCCGACCUACAAGUCUUUGCCCCUCUGACAUCAAGUGACAGGGUGACGUUGAGUCGCUGAAAGGCUGAGAUUUGGAAACGAGUGAGAUUUGUCUGCAUGUGUGGGGAAAGCAUUAGGAAAUUAAAUAGUGGAUUAAUAAUGAGACCAUCCUUCUUUACCCCUUUAAUAUUUAAAAAAAAAAUUAAAAAUUCUUCAGGUUAUGCAUUAUAGCGCCCCCUUUCUCUUCUCAGCUGCAGCUCACUGGCGACAGCUGGUUUUAUUCGAAAAAGGUUCGUUUAAUUUAACCAACACUGUGAUGCUUAUUUUUCCCCCUCGCGUCUCCACGGAUAAUCCGAAACGGACUUGGGCGAGCGGUACAAUUCCGUGGCGAGCUCAUACAGAAAGGAAGGAUACAGGCUGUAUUGUGACACUGACUAACAUGCAUUACUGUUGUUGCCGUGUAAUGUUCGCCAUUUUUACUUUUUUUGCAUGAGUCUGAGAAUGAAAUAAAAGGGACCCUAGGUUUUGUCAUUCCACUUCUACUCAAAUCUAACGAAGAGCUAAAAGCAUUCCAUCAGUGAACAGCGAGGACGUAGAUCAGACUGGACAACUGUAACGAUCCUAGCGCGUUUUCGGAAGUGCAGGUGGCAUAAAGGUGCUGUAACAUCAGUAAAAAAACAAAAAAUCUAGAUGCUUCUCCCAUUUUUUUCCUUCGCGUUAAUUACUCACUGUAACACAGACUGUAAAAUUGUAAACAUAAGGUAAAUAUAAUUGUCUUAAAUUGAAAUGUAAACCUGCUUAAACACAAACCGUUACUUUAUUGGUUGUAAUUUUGUUUUGUUUUUUUUUUUUGUUUGUUUUUUUUUUUCCUCUUUUAAAAAAAAAAAACCCUCUGCUGACCGUUCACACUUUCGUUUGCCCCGUCAAUCAAUCUGAAUAGAAAUCUGUUUCCCAGCCGACGUGAAUCCAGUCACUAAAUUCCCGCUGAGGUUGUUUGGGUCUGUUUUCUGGCCGCAGGUUAAGCUCAGUCCUGCGGGAACUCGGCGUCAGUGGAGAGUCUCCACCGAAAGGCUCGUGUUGGUGUAGGACUGGGGGUAGUUUGCGGCCGGGAGCGGACUACAGCCGUAUCCGAGGUGCUGCCGAGAGGCGUAGUGCUCCAGUCUUGUAAACGCGAGCUCGGCUCAGGCUCAGGCUCGGGGGGGACCUUAGACGAGCGGUUGCUUUCGAGAGACCCGAGAGAGACAGAGAGUUGGUUCUCAUUCAGUGUCACAAUACCUUGUCACAUCACCAUAACAUUCCACUUAGGUGUAGAACUCAUCUUGUCUCCAACUGAAGACAACGUUCAUGCACUGAAGAAGCAGAAAAAAAACAAACGUCUCUCCCCUUAGCUGAACAAACGGCAGUUAUUCUACGCUUGAGAAAAAAUACAGUAGUGAAUGUGGAGCCGAGCCUGUCUGUAUAUCUGGUAUCUCCAAUUGCUUUGUUUUUACUGACCAGUAUUCUGCCUACAGUUAGCUUCUGUGACGGUUUUAUCGCUUAGCGCGCACGUGGUUGUGAAAAAUUUAGACUAGCUUAAGAAAAAAAAAUAGAAAGAAAAAAAAAAUAAUAAAUCCUACUACAACCUGGUUAUUGACGUAAUACUAGAUUUGUGUAUGUCUUUUAAACAGUUCUAGUUUCACCUUACAUGUUAUAAUCAGGAAAGUGUAAAAGACAAUUUAAGUGAAAUAAAAGUUUUAUCAGUUCCAAA